AUGACGAAUAAACCAGUAGAAGGACUCUUAAAGGAGCUAGACUCACUGGCACUCAUUCCAUCCCACAGGAUUAUAGUCGGCGUCGACUAUGGCACUACGUUCACUGGAGCCAGCUACGUCAGUACUAAAAAUGGCAACGACCUGAACGACAUUGUCAUCAUAAGCAGCUGGCCUGGUCCCGCGAGAGACGUGGACACGGUUGUCAAAGCUCCAUCACGAAUUGCUUACACCGCAGAUAACCCGAGUGUUCAAACCCGACGCUGGGGUUACCAGGUCCAGCCAGGGAUGACCGCGUACUCUUGGACUAAACUUCUCCUCGAUCAAGACAUCCCGCUGACUAAAUACGACGACUCUACUUUAGAAGAUGCAUCUAGCUCGGGAAUCCUGAAGCUUCCGGAAGGCAAGACUGCUGUGGAGGUGGUUGCGGAUUACCUGUCCGAGGUGUAUCAGCAUAUUCUGAGAACGAUUGCGAAGCAAAACACCGAAGAGACGCUCAGCAUUACGCCGUUGGAAUUCUGGUUCACCGUACCAGCCAUAUGGUCCGAUCAGGCACAAUCCGCAACACGCAGGGCUGCCCAGAUUGCCGGGUUCGGGAGCCGGUCCUGUGAUAAUAUCUUCAUGAUCAGCGAACCCGAGGCAGCGGCCAUUGCGGCCUUAAGAAAGUACACGACUCACUCAAUGGGUGGUUCGGUCAGGGUGCGUAUUGAGAGCUGA